AUGUACAGCAUCUCCGAGGAACCAUCCUCCUCCUCAAACUCCGACGCCGAAAUUCAAAGACUCAAACAGAUUAUUGAGACCAAGAAUGCGAAAAUCAAAGAGAUGAGAACUCAAAUUCAAGAUUUUGGCAUGCAUCUGAUUGAUGAAAAGAUUAAGAUUGCCGUUGAAUGUGGUGCCGAAAAUGGAGUACACAAUUAUUUGGUGAACGAGGUGACAGUCAAUUGCCGCACAAUCACCGCUCUUCGUCGUCACAACGACGCUUUGGCCCAACGAGUCGAAGGAUUCGAGAAAAUGUUUGAAGAGCAAGAUGCACAAUUUGCCAAUUUGAAGAAGCAAGUGGAAGCUGUCUGUGAAGAAAAUGCUGCCCUUCGUAAGGAAUUGGAUGAACUCAAAGAAAGUCAAGCAGCCGAUCCAACGACAGUCUCAAAGAAGGAUUAA